UUUUCACCCCCAUUCAUUCAUUCAUUCUCAGCUGUCUUCUUUUUUCAACCACCUCGCUCUUUUGGCCGCCGAUUCUUCUGGUUGGAGUUUGGAACCAGGUUCCUUUUGCGGUGGCCAAUUAGCUGGUGCCGGACUGGUCUAGCCGCUUUAAUUGACAUUGGUGGCCGCGUUGAGUUGCAUUUUUCACCUUUGAGUAAUGAGGAGUAGGCUGUGAAACUGUGAAGUUUGUGUGUGAGAAGUAAACCGUGAGAAAAGAAGCAGGCAGAAAAAUGCCCGGUGAUAAUCCGGCCGAAGGUGAACCGCUGGUGGCCGCGCCAGCGGGCGAUGGUCAGCAGGUGGCGGAUGCGGCAGCCGCUAAUCGGCAGCCGUCCCGGAUGGAGUCGUUCUUUGCGAUUACCAAGUCGCUGAUUUUGCGGGCGCUUGUGAUUUACUUCAUAUCGUCGUUCUUCCGGAAGCCGGCGCCGGACGCGCCGGUGAAUCAGGUUGGCGGGGACGCCAAGAGCCGGAUUACGGCGUGGAACCUGUUUGACAAUGGGACCAUGUUCGAUCUGUACGUGUAUGUUUCGGACGAUCCGGCGGUGGUGAACUUUAGCGACCCGAGCGCGCUGGUUUGGCUGCAGGAGGAUUUGAUGUACGGAGAUUGGUACGGCGGACGGGACGGGGACGGGAUAUUUACGAUCAACACGCAGAUUAAGGCGUCGGAGCGGUUGAUGAAUAAUGGGUCGAUCUUUCUGCACACGUACGUGACGCGGGCCGGGAAGAGUCCGAAUCCGGACGCGGGCGAGGAGUUUGCCGGGAAGUAUAUGGGUUACGCGAGCGGGAUGCUGAGCAAGUACAAGAAGAUAAAGCGAGUUAAGACGCACAAUCUGCUGGCCGGGGAGAAGGAAAAGUUUGAAAAGGAGCUGGACAAUGCGUUGGUCGAGGACCGGAUCGUGUCCCAUUGGCAUCCGAACUUGACGAUUAAUCUGGUGACGGAUCAGACGAACUGGGUGAAGGGGUCGGUUCCGCCUCCGCUGGACGAGUACAUCAAGUUCCUGCCGGGAGGUCAAACGUACCUGCCGAUUGUGUUCUACAACGACUACUGGAACAUGCUCCGGGAGUAUCAACCGAUCAACGAAACGACGCCGGUUCUGGAUCUGAACCUGAGCUAUCAACCGUUGUCGCUGUUCAAGUGGCAGCUGUACGCCGCCCAGGCCAUGCGCAACAAGUGGACCAACAACAUCUUCGGCGAAGCGCUCACGGGAGGUGGCCAGGAGUCGGACGAGGACCAGGACUCACUCAAGGAGACAUUGCUGGAGACGAAUCCGUACCUGCUUGGCAUCACGAUUGCCGUUUCGAUUCUUCACAGCAUCUUCGAGCUGCUCGCAUUCAAGAACGACAUUCAGUUCUGGAACAACCGGAAAUCGCUCGAGGGCCUGUCCGUCCGGUCCGUCUUCUUCAACGUGUUCCAAUCGCUGAUCGUCCUACUCUACGUUCUGGACAACGAAACCAACUUUAUGAUCAAAAUGAGCUGCUUCGUCGGACUCGGAAUCGAAGUCUGGAAGAUCCAGAAGGUCGUCAACAUCAGCAUCACCCGUGAGAACCUGCUGUUCGGAUUCCUGCCCCGAAUCACCUUCUCCGACAAGGGCUCGUACGUCGAUUCCAGCACCAAGCAGUACGACAAUCUGGCCUUCAAAUAUCUAAGCUGGCUGUGCUUCCCGCUGCUCGUGGCCUACGGAAUCUACUCCGUAAUCUACCAGGAUCACAAGGGCUGGUACUCGUUCAUCCUCAACAUGCUGUACGGCUUCCUGCUUACAUUCGGCUUCAUCAUGAUGACCCCGCAACUCUUCAUCAACUACAAGCUCAAAUCCGUCGCACAUCUCCCGUGGCGAAUGAUGUCCUACAAAUUCCUCAACACCUUCAUCGACGACAUCUUUGCGUUCGUCAUCAAAAUGCCCACCAUGUACCGGAUCGGGUGCUUCCGCGAUGACAUUGUCUUCUUCAUCUUCCUGUACCAGCGCUGGAUCUACAAGGUCGACUCGAAGCGCAUCAACGAGUUUGGCUUCUCGGCGGAGAUGCUCGAGGAGCAGCAGCUGGGCAAGCAAACGCCCGGCGGGGCCCUCACAGCGGCACCGGCAGCCGCGAACGCCGAAACUCAGAACAACUCGUCGGCGGCCUCGUCCGACGAAGCCAAGAGCCAACCGUCGUCGCCGAACGCCACCAAAAAGCGCAAGAAUCGCAAGUCCAAGGCCAACAAGCCGGCGGCGGAGAAGAAGGACGAUUAAGGGGGAAAGGGUUACUCACGUAAAUAUACUUGUAAGCAGAUUACUGUUAGAAACUACACACAUCUAUUCUAUUCGUAUUAAACAAUACACACACGAUACAACACAUACAACUACUGCUUAUUACUCUUUCAAGACGGACGACGACAAAAAUAUAUCAAAUUGAGACCAAAAACGCUCCACCCCAAAAUUCGGCAACGUGACGAACAAAAUUUAACCUCAUAAAAAAACUAACUAAUCACACAGAACUCCACGCUGCAGCUUUCGACGUGACGAACUAUUUAUGCAAAUACCAUUUAGCUGAAAAAGAAAAGAACGGCAUAAGAUACAAUCCCAUGUAGAGUGUAAAGUAAAAAUAAAAACAAACAACAAAUGAAAAUAAACAACUCAAGUGUAUGAAAAUCAAAA